UGACAAAGCUCAGACCUCCCACAUCCUAACGGGAAGAGGUGACUUCUGCAAACACAACGUGAUCAAUUCAUUCUAUUGUGCAGCACCAGAUAAACACACAGCACAGAGCUUGUAAUAAGACUAAGGCACGUCUGUAUUAUAUGUCGCUUUGUAUCUCCCAAUAUCGAGUCGCAGGAUACUGAUCGAAUUAGAGGAUAUGUCGUCAAUGGAUCCACUACCCAAACACCGUCCCAGGUCUGCUCCAGUUAUAACCAAUGCCUAUGUCCAGAACAAACGGGAGGACGCAUGUCUAUAUGAGAAGUUGGACAGCAUACAUUACCAGCACUAUGCCGGCCUCAUCAAACUGAAGCAAGCUGUAGGCCACAUCGUAAGACAAAGGAAAGUCCUGCUUACCCAACGGGCCAUUACGCCUCAGUCAUCUGUGGAUCACGUCCUGGAUGAAAUCCAUACCUACAAAAAGGAUAAACAGGGUUCCAGUCUCAGUAAGAGCUUCUUGCCCACCAGCACAGAACUCUAUGCUGACAACAGUACACGUCCAAAAUGGCCUCCAUUUUGUCAGGGUUUGCCCAAUGUAUAUAAACAUCGAGAAGCAAAAACGUUCCCCUUUGUCACCUCAGGCAGAAUAGUUCCACUCAUGGAAAACACAGAAAUGACAUUGGUGGAAAGCUCAGUAAGACAUCCACAGGGUUUGGAGAAAUUAGCAAGGAGACCUCGAGCUACCUCAGCCUUGGAGAGGAGAUCACACAGCAGUAUGGAUUUACUGACGUACAAGCAACUCAGCGAGAUCUCCUGUAUAGAAAAGAUUUCUGUGAGGGAAGCUGAGCGCCAAAAACAACAGAUGCAAAUGCAAAAAAAGAACAUGAACAAACAGCUGGACAAUGCCCUGCAAGAGAAAGUGCACAACUUCCUCAAGAAGCUUGAAUAAACACUCAAAUCCACA